AUGGUCAUCUGGUCUAUCCGAGUGACCCUGGCCCUGUGUUACGAGUUGAUUCCCCCGUGUCUGGGCUGGGUCAGAGUGACCCUGGCCCUGUGUUACAAGUUGUUCCCCUGUGUCUGUGUGGGUCAGAGUGACACUGGCAGCCUUAGCAAGGUGUAUGUUGAAGUAGAAGAAGAACAAGGAGAAGGAGAAGAUGAUGAGGACGAUGAUGACGACGACGAGGAGGAAUACGACCCCGCCGAGCCGCGGCUGAGGUCCUGGAACAGAUAUUCUCCAGUGUCGACCAAGAAGACGAAGAAGACUACUGCGAUUCCGAAGAGGAGGACGUUUCGGAAGAUGAAGACGGUGAGGAAUACAACCCCGAGCGUGAUGCGGACGACUACGACGACGACUCGGCCUCGCCGUCGUGCUCCUCUUCGGAGGAAGAGGGGGAGUGAGAGGGAGACACGGCCGCUGCCCGAGAGCGAGACAGAGAGCCAGAUCGAGACAGAGCGAGACAGAGAGCCAGAUCGAGACAGAGCCAGAGAGACAGAGCGAGACAGAGAGGACGCGGCGGGAGCCGCCCGAGGCCAAAGGGAGACGUUGCUGUCAAAGAACGGCAAAAUCAAAUGGUCCUCCGUGGCCUAUCGCGGCCCGGACCGGCCCCGCGCCAUCCGCCGCCCCGGCCCCGUCGUGACGCCGGGCCCCACGGCCUACGCCGCAUCGCGAGCGCUCGACAUCGAGUCCACCUUCCGGCUGUUUGUCACACCGGCGAUAGAAAGGAUAAUUGUGGACAUGACAAAUCUGCAGGGGGUGAGAAAAUACGGCGACGGCUGGCGACCCAUGGACUCCACCGACCUGCGCGCCUACGUAGGGCUGCUGAUCCUAGCCGGCGUCUACAGGUCCCGAGGCGAGGCCGCGGCCAGCCUGUGGGACGCCGAGAGCGGCAGGACCGUGUUCCGCGCCACCAUGCCGCUCAAGGUGUUUCACAAGUACUCGAGGCUGCUGCGAUUCGACGACCGCCAGUCGAGACCCGCGAGACUCGCCACCGACAGACUGGCGGCCAUAAGAGAGGUAUGGAACCUGUGGGAGGAGCGGCUGCCGGCCCUCUACAACCCGGGGCCCGACGUGACGGUGGACGAACAACUGGUCCCGUUCAGAGGACGCUGUCCUUUCCGACAGUACAUUCCCAGCAAGCCGGCCAAAUACGGCAUCAAGUCGUGGGUGGCCUGCGACGCCAAGUCCAGCUACGCUUGGAAGAUGCAAGUCUACACCGGCAAGGCGGCCGGCGGUGGCCCCGAGAAGAACCAGGGCGCCCGCGUCGUCCUCGAUCUGACCCAGGGACUGCCGGCCGGUCACAACGUCACGUGUGACAAUUUCUUCACCUCCUACGAACUGGGCCAGCGGCUCCUCGAGAGGAACCUCACCAUGGUGGGCACGGUGAGAAAGAACAAGGCCGAGCUCCCGCCCGCGCUGCUCGAGUCAAAGGGCAGACAGGUCCUGUCCUCCAGGUUCGCCUUCACGCCCACCGCCACUCUAGUGUCCUACCAGGCAAAGAGAAAUAAGAACGUGCUACUUCUGAGCACGCUGCACGCGGAGCCCGACGUUAGCGAUCGCCGCGACCGGAAGCCGGCCCUCAUCCUAGACUACAACUGCAACAAGGGCGGCGUGGACAACCUAGACAAGGUGGUCGGCACCUACAGCUGCAGACGGAUGACCGCCCGCUGGCCCCUGGUCAUCUUCCACAACAUCCUCGACGUGUCCUCCUACAACGCCUUUGUCAUAUGGCGAGAGAUCAAGCCGGACUGGAUGCCUGGGAAGCGGAACAAGAGGAGGGUGUUCCUGGAGCAGCUCGGAAAGGCACUCGUCAAGCCCUUGAUCCAAAGAAGGCAUCGUCUCCCCCGCACCCAAGCCGCGUCCGCACUUGUCAAAGUCCUACAGAGUGCCACCGCCGAGGCUCGUCCGCCAGCCCGGGAGCAAGCCGCUGGCCCGGCCGCCGCCGCCCCGCCGGUGGCGAGUAAGAGGAAGAGGUGUCAGCUCUGCCCACCCAAGAAGGACGCCAAGACACACACCACGUGCUGUAGGUGUAAAAAAUACAUCUGCAAAGGCUGUUCACACGCGUACUGUCACACUUGUGCCUUUAGCCAAGACGGGACAGGGUGA